GUGUGCGUGGUGCGUGUGCGUGUGCGUUGUGCCGAGUGUGCGUGUGCGUAGUGCGUGUGGACGUGCGUGCGAGUGUGCGUUGUGCGUGUGCGUGUGCCGUGUGCGGUUUGAGUGGCGUUGUGCGUGGUGCGUGUGGCCGUGGAGCGGGGGUGUGCGUGUUGCGUGUGCGUGGUUGCGUGUGCGUGGUUGCGUCGUGCGUUGGUGCCGUGUAUGCCGUGUGCGUGUGCGUAUGUGCAGUGUGCGUGUGCGUGGUGCGGUGUUUGUUGCGUGUGCGUGUGGCGUGUGCGUGUGCUGUGCUGUUGCGUGUUGGCGUGGUUGCGGGGGGUCAGUUGGCUCGGGGACGGGGGAGACGAGGUUUGUGCUGUGCGUGUGUGCGUGUGCGUGUGCGUGUGCGUUGUUGCGUGCAUUCUUGUGGCGUGUGCGUGUGCAUAAUGCGUGUGCGUGUGCCCGUGUGCGUGUUGCGUUUGUGCGUGUGCGCUGAGGGCAGCAGGCGGUGUGCGGCGUCGCUGUGA